AUGUCGGACGGACAAGAUCGUCGAGAUAAAAGGAUAUCUCCAGAUUCGCCAUUAAGGUCACAAAGCAACGCAGCGCAACAGCUCCCUGCUGUGGCUCCUGGCGAAGCUGCCAGGAAGGAUGCCAGACCAUAUCCAUCGUUGCGUCCAAGACAAGCAGCACACCGAGGCCCCUCAGAUCGCGGUCGAAGUCGAAAGCCACCUAACAGCAGCCCACCCACGAGCAAGCACUCAACUAGACUCGCCGCAGCAAAGCCCAAACCAAAUACAUCACAGCACUCGUACCAGUCAGCAGACGAUGAUGAGAGUAUUGAGCACCGAGAGGGUGUCUUUUCAGUGUCUCCGCCACACCGCAAUAGUAGAGCAGAGGUUGAAAGGACGGGCUCGAAGCUCAAAGCCCAGGGACACCACCACAAGCAGAAUCCAUCGACCACCACGCCAGCAGGAGCUCGCGGCACACGCAUUACGGACAAACACAUUAUCUUCUUGGGCGGCCCGCUGUCAAACUGGAACGUGGGCGAACGCUUCUCUGGGGCGCGGGCCAUGGACCUGCUCAUCCGUCGGCUCGACGCCGCAGGCAUACGGCAUCCAUCGCACACUGCGUUGAGCACGAGGAUCAUGGACCGACAUAUGUUUGUAUGUGGGGAACAGUUCAUGAUGGCUGCCAAGGGAUGGCUCUUUGAAAGAGAAUGGAUCAUUCCCGGCGCCGAGCUGGAGACCGGCGGCAUGUCGGAGCAGCAGGUUGCAGGGAUUUGUGACAAGGUACUUGGGCCAGAGCAGGUGACAUUGCAUUCGGCUUCGACAUCAUCUGAGCCUCCCUCCUCGGCGGCCGGCAGCAAUCGUCACGGCCAAAAGGCGAGCAAAACCAAUGUUGCCAGGAAGGUCGUUACCGGCACUGCCACUGCCACUGCCGUCGACUUUACAGCCCUCAACGCCGGCACCAUCGUCUCCUGCAUCCUAAAUCCCUCUCCGCGAGCGCAGAAGCAGAUCGGCCGACAGACCCGCAACUUCGACGAGGCGGGUUGGGCGCAUGCAUCCCCCCACGUCGUAGUGGCGGCGAGUGUUGCGCGAGCCGAAGUCGACCCCGAGCUGUGCGACCUGUAUCUCCGUGCCAAGGGGAGGAAAUUCGUCGAAGGGUCGCCAGUCGACAGGAUCUGGGGGAUCGGAUUGAAAUGGGACGAUGGGCGUGCCGACGAUGAGACGAGAUGGAGGGGGGAGAAUCGACUUGGGGAGUGUCAUGACCAGGCUGCCGCCUUCUUUUCUCCUCCACCACAUAAUCAUCGAGCCGCAGGUUAG